GGCUCCAGCUGCAGCAUGCCCUUGCCGAGACGUCGGUCUUCGUUCCUGGGGCAGCAGCCCCCCUCCUCCUCCUCGGCGGCAGCGCCGGAAAGCUCGGGGGCGCCCGGCCGCCGGGUCAGCGUCGGCGCCGGAGGAAGACCCCCGGGCGUCUACGUGGGCACGGCGCCCCCGGGAGGAGUGAGCAGCCUGGGGACUCGGGUGUCCCGCAGAGCCCUGGGCAUCACCAGCGUCUUCCUGCAGGGCUUGCGCAGCUCCUGCUCCGCCGUGCCCCUGGCCCCGGGGCUGGAGAAGGGCCGAGGCUUCUCCUACGAGAGCCUGAACGGCUGCUUGGUGGAGUACAUAGAGAAGGUGCGAGCUCUCGAGCAGGUCAACCAAGAGCUGGAGGAGCACAUCAGAGUCUACCUGGACAAGAAGUCCUCUGCCAUCAGCACCUGGGGAGCGCUGAGGGAGAACUGGGAGGCCAUCUACCACCAGGUGGGUGAAGCAGUCCUUGAAAAUGCUCGUCUUAUGUUGCACACAGAGAACAUUCAAGCUUGUGCUGAAGAUUUUAAAGCCAGGUAUGAAAAUGAGCAGCCAUUCAGAAAGGCAGUGGAAGAUGAAAUUAAUUCCCUAUAUAAAGUGAUUGAUGAUGCUAAUUUAACUAAAAUGGAGCUGGAGAGUCAGAUAGAAAGCAUGAAAGAAGAACUAGCUUUGCUGUCAAAGAAUCAUGAAGAAGAUGUGAAGGUAUUAUACAAACAGCUUGCAGGAUCUCAGCUGGAAGAACUUGAUGUUCCUCUUGGGAGUGGCUUGGAUGACAUACUGGAAAAAAUCAGAAUCCACUGGGAAAGAGAUAUUGAAAAGAAUCGUGCUGAGGCAGGUGCCCUGCUCCGUACUAAGCAACAAGCUGAACCAAUAGCUGCUGAACGAACCCAAGAAGAAGAACUGGUGGAGGGGCUAAGAACAGAGUUUCAUGAAACUGCCUGCAAAAUACAGAGUUUGCAAGCAGAAACUGAAUCCUUAAGAACUUUGAAAAGAGGUCUGGAGAACUCUUUAUACGAUGCUAAGCAUUGGCAUGACAUCGAACUGCAGAACCUAGGUUCUGUCAUUUCCAAGCUGGAGGCAGAGAUGGGAGAAAUCAAAAUAGAAACUGAGCAGCAGCAGCGAGAUCGUGACAACCUGCUGACCAGUAAACAACAGCUGGAGAAAGAUAUCGCUGCGUAUCACUGUCUUCUGGAUGGAGAACAAAGCAGCUGAUUAUGAAAUUGCUAGCACAAAGAAGACAAUAUUGUCAUUCAAAGUAGAAGAUGUCGGUGCCAAGUAUGUUCCUGGAAGCUAAAAACCCAUCAAAACAGCCUGCUUUAUUCAGUUUGAUUCAACAGUCAAAGUAGGUUGUAGCUUGAACAACUUUAUUAGA